AUGACUGAGCCACCUUCAAAACGUAGAAGGGUUGAACUGUCUCUACAAGAGAAAAUAACUAUUGUAAAAGAAUAUGAGUCUGUUCCUAAACCACCUAUGAAGUCUUUCAACUAUGAUGCUAAAUUUGAUAAACUUAAUGAACUUGUGUGGCAAUGGUUUUGUGUAGUUCGAGCUAAGAAUUUACCAGUGUCAGGGCCAAUUAUUCAAGAGAAAGCUAAGAGUUUCGCGACAGAGUUAGGUGUUAGUGAUUUUAAGGCAUCAAAUGGCUGGUUAGGUAAAUGGAAAGGACGCUAUUCAAUCAAGGAAUUUAAAAUUUCCGGUGAAAGUGCAGGUGUAAAGGUUGAUGAUGUUGAUGGAUUUAAAGCGCGUAUUCCAGAAUUUAUUGGGGAUUACGAUAUAAAAGAUGUGUUUAAUUGUGAUGAAACAUGCCUGUAUUACAGAGCUCUUCCAGACAAAACGUUAUCAGCUAAAGGAUCACUGACAAAAAGGUCUAAAGUGUCUAAAGAAAGAAUAACAGUGAUGUUCACAUGUAGUGCACUUGGGGAAAAAUUGAAACCUCUAGUUAUAGGAAAGUUUGAAAAUCCUAGAUGUUUUAAAAAUGUCAAUAAGAAAAAUCUUGGUGUGAAAUAUGUUGCUAACAAAAAAGCAUGGAUGAAUAGCCACGUUUUCAAAACUUGGAUAAAUGAACUUAAUUCAGAAAUGCGCCGCCAAGGAAGAAGAAUUUUUCUCAUGCUUGACAAUGCUUCUUCACAUGGUAAAGCGGAUGAUUACAACAUCUCUAAUGUAUGUGUAAAGUUCUUGCCCGCAAACACUACGUCACAUCUUCAGCCAUUAGAUCAAGGCAUUAUAAGAACAUUCAAAGCUCAUUACCGGAGAUACCUACUGAAGUCAUUGAUCAGUUUAAUGGACGACAGUGCAAAUGUGACUGAACUGUGUAAAAAUGUCAAUCUAAUGGAUGCUAUUUCGUGGACAUUGAAAGCAUGGAAUGAUAUCAAAAAGGAAACAAUUAUGAAGUGCUUUAGAUCUGUUGGAUUUGGUAAUGAUGAAUCUACAACUGGCCAGUCUAUGGAUGAUGAAGACGAGUAUGAGGAUGACAAUGUACCACUAGCAUUGUUGGUGCGAGAACUGAGUUACAAUAUGCAGGACUUUGAGAACAUUGAUUUAAGUUUGCCAACCGAAGAUGACAGUGACCAAUGGGAAAUGAACAUUGUAGAAUCAUUCCGGACAGAUGAGACAAUUGAGGAUGAUAAGGUGCUCCAAACUCUUAUGAAGUUAAAAAACUUUGCUUUGGAAAAAGAUAGUGAUCUAUUGGAUGGUGUUCUCCAACUACAGACUAUGAUGGAAGACAAAAUUGUUAAAGCCAGAUGUUCACAAAGACAAUUAACAAUGCAUGAUUUCUUUGUCAAAUGUUGA